CAGGUCAAUCGCAAUACGACGUCGUCCAAAAGGUAAAAAGCACAGAAACCCAAACCUGAGAGAGCACUUGAAGCCAUGGAAGCUUCAGAGGAGAUCCUGCUGGACUCGCUGACGAACUCGGGAGUCCCGAUUCCGGCCGGAUUCACUUCCAUCGGUAAAUUCACUCCGGAAACUCUCUUCUCCGUCUGCGCCCACGCGCUCCGCUUGAUCGACGGUCCCCACAAUGCGUCGUCGUUUCCGGCAUCCUUACCGGAGGAUUCCAUGCCUGACCGAGUCAAAAUCUGUACGGACCUCGCCAACGCCUUCAAUAACCUAGGGUUCGAUCCGGAACUCAGCUUUCAUAAGUUUCUCUAUCCAUCCAGUGAGGACUUGUAUAAUCUGGUGAGGUUUUUGGUCGGAAAGCUACCUGAAUCUUCCGGAGCUACGGCAGUUGCUUUAAGAGAUGGCGGUAACAUAAGAUGCACUGCCAAGGAGAAGCCCUGUGAUGUGGGAGAAAUUGUACAGAAUGAAGAGAUUUUGAAUGAAUUAAAUGAUCUGGAAUUGAAGAAUCGGGCACUUGAAUCAAUUCAUAUGAAGUCUCGAGAUGAUUUAGCUCAAAAGGCCGAUGAACUUGGUUCAGUUUUAGACAAUGUUGAGAUCAGGACUGAAAGUAGUGAGGGGGCUCAAAGUUCAUAUUCAUUAGGAAGGAUUGAAAGCUCAAGAAAUAAGGCUUUCAGAGAUCAAGACAAUUCUCAGCAUCUUGAUGAGGAACUGGGAUUGUUAAAAGCAGCUGUUGAAAUGGUAUCUGAUGGCCAACGUCCUGUUGAGUUUUACAUUGAACAACUCAAUGAUCAAGUGGAGGCCAAAAGACAUAAGCUGAAGGAACUGGAGUCUGAAUGGGAUGUGAUCGAAAAACCUCUGCAAGAGAAGAAAAUAAAUCUUGAGCAAACUCUCUCUGCACUCUAUCCUGAGGCUAGUGGGAAGCUUACUGGAACUAAAGAAAUUGAGUCGGAAGUAGAAUCUAUUCUAGCUGAGAUCAAAAGAAGGGAGGAGGAACACACUAAGCUCUCAUCAGAUCUCGAGAAACAGCUCAAGGUGGCACCGAGAAAAUCCUACAUUGAGCGGAUCAAUGAAAUCACGAAAAAUAGCAGGAAACAGGAUAAUGACAUACAGGGGAUCCUGAAAGAUAUAAGGGAGCUCCAGUUGGAGAGCAAUACCAUCCGAGAACGCCUUAAUCGAACUUAUGCAAUAGUCGAUGAGACAAUUUUCAGGGAAGCCAAGAAAGAUCCUGUUGCUCGACAAGCUUACAGGCUUCUAAAAGACAUCCAUGAGAGCUUUGAACAGAUUGCGGAAACAAUUCUCGCCUCUGACAGAAGUCGAAGAGAUGCAGCUGAUUAUGAAACCAGGCUCUCAAAUGUUAGUGCUAGAAGCUUGAACAUGAGCAAGCUGCAAGCAGAUCUUGAAGCCAUUAGAAAAGAAAAUGACCUCCUUGAGCAGCGCAUUAACGAAGAAUCCCUCAAUCCGCAGUUCAAUUAGAGGAUGUACUACCUGUUAAGAGCUUUUGCGCUGAUGAUAGCGCCUCACCGUUUCUCUGCAUUCUUACUUUCUUUUUUAACUCUGGGUGUCGAUAAAAAUGUAACAUUUAUAAGUUUAAAGGCAAUUCUUUUAUGU